UCCCUGCAUUACCUAAGCUCUUCGUCCGAGGACGAACUGGAUGCACCAUCGAUCACUCAACAGAGCGCCGAAAAGAUGACAACCAGCAGCAACAUUCCUCGGAUCGCCAGCAAGGGUCCCAAUGCGAAACUAUUCAAGGGCCCGAACGACGAUCUGCUACUCGCGGACUACGUCACGUGGAACGGUGCCAACCCGGAUCUGGCCAAGGGCUCCCAGAAGUUAGCCCUGGGUCCGGAUCGAUCGAUCCGUUUAGAACGCGGCAGCUACAAAGCCCGUGGCCCGAAUGCGGACCUAUGCAAGGGUCCGGUCGCCGGUCUGGCCAAGGGCAGCAUGUACGCCCAGCUCAACUGCUCCCUGACGGACGUCAAGUGCAACUAGGGACGAUUCCGCCGUAGUCGCUCGGAGUCGCCUCGGCACACGAAGCGCUAUCUGUACUACCACUGAACACAUUCCUUCGCGGAAGUUGAACACACGAAUCUUUCCUCUUUCUGUGGUUUUGGAUUUUUCAAACUAUUAGGAAUAUGGUUGUUGUAGGGUUUUACAUCAUUUUACUUACGUGUAUCCAUUCCCUCCGGGAUUCAAGAGUGCAAUAAUUGUGUUUGAAUCAAAUCGAAGUUGUCUUUACCUUUUCAUACUACUUUUACGAAUCGUACCUAUCUAUUAUAAAAGAGGGAAAUGUUGAUUGACUUACUUACGGAUAUACUAAACAUAACUGAAUACACUUGUAACAAACGAUUUAUCUUCUCCUAAGGACAAAGUUUAUUUUUCUACAAAAAUAUGCUAAUUGUAAGUGAAACCAAAGUAUGGGAUAACGGAAUACGGUGGUAUGUAAUGGAAAUAUGAGAAAUGGUAGAAUGUUGAUACACAGCUACAUACAAUAACUAAGUUACAGAGCACAUUGUUACUCAUGGUAGAUCACAUAAUAGAAGGAUGUGCUUAUUGGAAAACCUGUGGCAUCGAGAAAUAGCCGGUAGAAGAAAAAAAAACAAUACUAUACUAAUGUGUUUGUGAUUAAAUACGGAUGCUUCAAUUUUUUUCCUGCCUAUAUUUCAAAAUUACAGACAGUCUGACGCUACGCUGCGAUAUUUUGCAUGCGUUUGAUACAAAUAGAAAUUUGUCAGGUUUUUACUAGAAAAAAUCGACAUUUUCUUCAGAAAAAUGUUAUGAUUUUCUCCUUGAAAAUAUCCUAAAAUCACGCGAAAGAUUUAACUGAAACUCUCCAGAAUGUGCGAUUUUUAAUUGCCACGUAAAUUUUGUCUGGGUUACUCGUCAUUCAAACCAUUUAUCAAGAUAAA